UCGUUGCUGCCAGCUGUGGUAAAAGUCCAAUAUGCCCCUGGUUUCUCAGUCUCAGUGCUCUGGUCAAACGGUCAAGAUCGAAUUCGGGAAGCAGAGCAGAGAUGGAGGCGUUCAGGAAGCAGGCGAACAAGUUCAAGGAGCAGGUCGCCAAGCAGCAGCAGGCUGUGAUAAAGCAAUUUAGUGGUACUGGUUUCGAGCGUUCAGAUUCUGUUGUAAUUGAUGAAGUUGAAUUACAGCAACAUCAACGGCUUGAGAAAUUGUACAGUUCUACUCGUUCUGGAAGGGAUUUUCAAAAGGACAUAGUUCGAACAGCUGAAGGCUUGGUGUCUAUUGGAAGCAAGCAUGUUGAAGUGGGAACAAAAUUUUCUGAGGACUGCUUUAGAUAUGGAGGUGAAAAUAACGGUGAUGAUGAAGCCCUUACAAAAGCUGCAUCACUAUAUGGGGGUGCUUUGAGAAAUGUUGAGAAAGAGUAUGAAGAUUUCAAUAGAACUUUAUGUUCUCAGACCAUUGAUCCAUUGAAGGCGAUGGCUGCGUGUGUUCCCCUGGAAGAUGCUCGUGGCCUUGCACAACGUUAUAGCCGGAUGAGACAGGAAGCUGAGAUCCUUUCUGCUGAAAUUGCUAGAAGGAAGGCACGAGUAAGAGAAGCUCCAACUGCCGAGAACACUACAAAACUUCAACACUCCGAAUCUAGAAUGGUAGAGCUCAAAGCAACCAUGGCUGUGUUAGGAAAGGAGGCUGUUGCUGCACUUGCUGCUGUUGAAUCUCAGCAAAAGAGGGUAACUCUUCAGCGCCUGGUUGGCAUGGUAGAAGCAGAGAAGUUGUUCUAUUUGAGGCUAGCUUCUAUACUUGAUGAUGUUGAAGCUGAGAUGUCAUCCGAGAAGCAAAAGAGAGAAUCUGCACCUCCUAUUAUUCCCUCCCAUAAGCGUGCCGAGAAGGCCCAGUACUUCCUUGCUGAGGCAGUGCAUAACUUCAAUGGUACCACGGAAAAGGAGCUGAGCUUAAUCGUUGGUGAUUAUGUUGUUGUUCGUCAGAUUGCUCCGAACGGUUGGGCAGAGGGCGAAUGCAGAGGGAAGGCAGGGUGGUUUCCGGCCGGCUAUGUCGAGAGGCGGGAGAAUAUCCCGCCAAAUAAAGUCUUUCCGCAAGCAUAAGCUGCUGAUCAGUGCAGUUGCCUAUUUUGGCUGCACCGAGGUAUCUGCGUUUUCUGCGCACUUGGGAGUUGUUGUAUAUCUUUUUUUUUUUUUUGAGAACUAGUUGUGUAUAUCAUGUACCUUCCACACUGGCUCAGGGCAUGCCAGUUGCAUGUGGGCUGAUUCAUUUCGAAUGUAAGUUACUACUCCAGUAUUUGCUAAUGUACUAGUAGAAUAUUUUGCUAAUA